AUGGGUCAAUCCGAGGUGCAUAUGUACAGGAGCAUAUUAAACACGCUUGCGUCAACCAACGCUUCCGUUACCAUAACAACUCGCUAUUACAAACAAGCGAAGAAUACGCUACCGGCCACAUACACUAUACUUUCUCGCACAAAAUCCGAAUCGGCCAAAGGGAACCGUAAUUCCGCUGGUUCCGGUACAGUGCGCACCGUUACCAUCCCUUCGUUCGAAGAUUUCCUUCUCAAGCGGGAUUACAUCGGAGCGAAAACGGUCCUACAGUGCUCCAAAGAUUAUGACGAAGUGCCGGAACAGCUCAAGCAACUAUGGACGGGAUUUUGCGACUUUCACAUCGGUGAGUACAAACGUGCCUUGCAGCUGUACGAAAAAAUCUACGCAGCGGACGGUACACUGCACGAUGUAGCGCUCAACAUUUGUGUGUGCAUGUUUUACCUUGGCAUGUACGAUGAGGCUCAAAAGUUGGUGGAGGAACUGCCGCAAAGUCCGCUCAAGAUACGACUACUGUUCCAUCUCGCGCACAAGCUGAGUGACGAGGAUCGGCUAAUGGAGCUGCACGGCUCACUACGCGAUGUCGUCGAAGAUCAGCUCAGCCUGGCCGGGAUGCAUUAUCUACGGUCACACUACCAGGAAGCGAUCGAUAUUUACAAACGGGUGCUGCUAGAUAAUAAGGAUCUUCUUGCGCUGAACGUGUACGUUGCAAUCUGUUACUAUAAACUCGACUACUAUGAUAUCUCGCAGGAGGUGCUCGAUCUAUACCUCAACCAAUUCCCCGACAGUACGAUCGCAAUCAAUCUGAAGGCGUGCAAUCGGUUCCGUCUGUUUAACGGUAGAGCAGCGGAACAGGAGAUAAAACAUCUUGUCGAAAGUGGUACAUUCGGGGCAGAUUUGAUCCGGCACAACCUCGUGGUGUUUCGGAAUGGUGAGGGUGCGCUGCAAGUUUUGCCGCAGCUGAUCGACAUCGUGCCGGAGGCACGUCUAAACCUUGCCAUCCACCAUCUGCGUCGUGGUGAGAUUCAAGAGGCGCACUAUCUCAUGAAAGAGGUACAACCGACGGUACCGCAGGAGUACAUCCUGAAGGGUGUAGUACAUGCUGCCCUCGGUCAGGAAACAGGCUCCAAGGAGCAUCUGAAAAACGCCCAACAAUGUCUGCAUCUUGUCGGUGGGUCAGCGUCCGAGUGUGACACCAUCCCCGGUCGGCAAAGUAUGGCGUCGGCAUUUUUCCUGUACGGACAGUUCGAGGAAGUGCUGGUGUAUCUGAACUCGAUCCGUAGCUACUUCGUAAACGACGACACGUUCAACUAUAACUACGCACAGGCGAAGGCUGCUACCGGGUACUACAAAGAGGCGGAAGAGUUACUGCUCCAGAUACACGACAUCACCAUCAAGACGGACAGUACGUUCUCGAUGGUGUUGGCCAAAUGUCACAUACAUGCGGGCCAUGCGGACCAAGCCUGGAAUAUCUUCCUCACGAAGGAUUCUACACCGGAUGCGUUCGCGCUGCUGCAGCUGAUUGCGAACGACAGUUAUCGGGUCGGUGAGUUCUGGAUUGCUGCGAAGGCGUUUGAUACACUGGAGAAGCUGGAUCCAAAUCCGGAGUACUGGGAGGGUAAGCGCGGUGCGUGUGCCGGAGCCGUACAGGCCAUUCUGGCCAAGCGUGGUAGUGGAGCACCGCCCGGAGGAGUGUCCGAGAUCAUUUCUCUUCUGCGAGAUUCGACAAACGCCCAAGCGGAAGGGAUGUUACGUGUUAUCCGACGGUUUGCAAGUAGCAUUAAGUAG